AUGUCGACCACUCUCGCAAAAGGUGCCGCCGCGCGGGCGCAAGCGCAAGCAGCUUUUUCCAAGACGGCACCGGUUUUUCCCGUCACGAUGCUCCGCCCAGUACAGAUUCGAUCAACACCCCUCGCCCAGGCCGCGCGCCACGCGCUGCCCGCGCUGCUGGCCGUCCUUUUCGGCGCACGCUUCCGCGCACUCGUUGCCGACCCCUCCUCCGCCAUGGCCACCGCCCUCCCUCUGGUCGCCGCUCUGCAGGUCGCCUACGCUAUACUGUGCUUACCCGCCCCGGGCUCAACUCAAGGCGGCGGCGGCGGGGCGCGGAAGGCCCAGAAACCCAGGCCUGGCGAGAGUAUCAAGAAGAGGGGCGCAGACGCGGGUACGCCGAAUGCCGUUGCCACUUCGCUCCUCUCGCUAGUUCUCUCGCUCCUCGUGUCGCCCUUUCUAUACGUGGCCAUGAUCUUGUUCGGCGCGCCCUUUCUCACUCACAGCGCGCAUACCUUCCUAUGUGCGGCGCACCUCGCCGUGUUGGCGCUCUUCCCGCUGUUCUUCGUGCACGGCGUGGAUGGGAGUGCCUGGGCGGUUGUGGGCAGCUUUGGCGCCCCCCUCGACGAGACCUUUGGUGGACUGCUUGGAGGCGUGGUGGGAGCUUGGCUUGGGGCCGUACCGAUCCCACUAGAUUGGGACCGCGAGUGGCAGCGGUGGCCGGUUACGAUUCUGUGUGGCCUUUACGGGGGAUAUAUUUUUGGACGGGUUGUGGGUGGGACGUUGGUUUGGGGGAAAAGUUUUUGA